GUCAUCUCGUGAGAAGAAGAAAAACCCCUUCCAAGAUGAAGUUUGCGCACACAUAUCCUCGCGCGAGAAAAAAGGCACUACUGAAAAGAGCGAAGCAACAACGCCGCCGCCGCCGUCGAGAGAAUGCUCUUGUCCCGCAGCUUCUCCCGCAAGCCAACCUACAAAAGAUGCGUGGCCCGUGAAAGAAAGCAACACGUCGACUAUGGAUGAAUGGAGGCCGUACCAGAUCUACUUUGUGGGAGAUCAUUCGUACACAGAAGCUCAGGAGGCCGGCGAUUUCAUGAAAUACGCCGAAGGUCUCCUGACACAGGCAACUUUUUAUAUGAACAAGGUGAUCAUGAAUUGCACAGUAAAGCUUCUUGUGGUAGGAACGACUGUGUUUACACGGGAACAAGAACAGAAGUACCUGCGGUCGGAAUCACUCAACCUGACUGAAUUCCUUUCUGAAGAUGAGAAGGCGAGGACAUCUGAUAUAGUAAUCGCACUGUCAAGCACCCCAAUUAAAGCUUUGGAUGAAAACUUCUUUGCUCAGAAGAACGAGUCUUUGUGCACCAAUGACAAGUUCAUCGUGAUUGUUACUUCACCAUUCAAUUACUAUGACUUGGAUUCCUCCAUCAGUCUCGGCCUGGUUAAAACGUAA